CAUAUUUUUAUUAAUGACUGACAGGAAGCGGAAACAGUGACUCCUGGCUGGAAAACCCGGAAACUGGUGUCAUCAUGGUACAGCGUGAUGACGUGGCGUGACGUAACACGUUUUAAUGAUCAGGUUUAAUAAAUAAAAUAAAUAAUUACAAAUGUUAUUUAAAACAUUUAGUUUCAACAUGUAACCUUAUGUAUUUUAAUACACAAACAACGUUUCAUGAUAAUACUGAGUUCGGUCCGCUCCGCUCCAGGAUCCGGUCCAAAUCCGGUCUAGAUCCGGUCCGGGAUGUCCGCGCUCCCGCUCCUCCUCACGGCUAAGCUAAGCUAGUAUAAACGCCCCCAGCUAUCCGUUACCGGCCGCCGCGUCACCGCUCCCGCUCAUGUUCAGCCCCGCGGAGCGUUUUACCCACCAGCACACACCGGUCUUAUUCCAAAGUAUUUAUCCGGUGACCUCGUUCAACGGGCGGGUUGAUUUGAUCUACCGUCCGGCCAGUCUGAGCUAAGCUAACGGUUAGCCUCACAACCAAAAUGGCGGACAACGAGGAUGACAGCGGUUCGUCCAGAACAAAAACAGCCGCGGACCCGCCGGGAGCCCCGGACCCGGACCCGCCGGGAGCCCCGGACCCGGACCCGCCGGGAGCCCGACCCCGGACCCGCGGAGCCCCGGACCCGGACCAGCCGGGAGCCCCGGACCCGCCGGGAGCCGCGGACCCUCCGGGAGCCGCGGCUCUGCCCCCCGCCGCUCACAGCGGUCAGCCCCGGGACGGCUCACAGACAGAGUCCGGUGCAGAGAGCAGUCAGCCCGCGGAGAACUCACCGGCAGCGUCCGGAGCUCAGCUUGCAGAGUUCUUACAGAGCUGCCCGGAGGUGCAGAGCAUCCUGGUGGGCACAGAGCUCACCGGCCUGGGCCCGGACCUGGUCAACACCACCAUCAUCUACGUGCAGCCGGACGGCAGCCUGGAGGGAUCCCGGCUGACGGUCGAGGAGCAGCAGGCUCUGCUGGACCAGCUCACCAAGCAGCAGAUCGUCCAGGUGUCCGACAGCGAGGCCGCCCAGCUGCUCCAGCAGAGCCAGCUGGUCAAGACCGUCCCAGUCCAGAACACGGCCCUGGACCCGAGCCAGCUGCAACAGGUCAUCAACCAGGUCACCAAGGUCCAGCAGCAGGUCCAUGUUCAGGUCCCCCAGCAGGUCCUGAAGCAGCAGAAGCAGGUCCAGAUCCCUCAGCAGAACCUGAAGACCAGCCCCCAGAACAACGCCUCCCAGCAGCUGAAGAGCGUCGCCCAGCAGGUCGCCAUGCAGACCUGCGGCUCGGUCCAGGUGGUCCAGAAGAAGUCCGAGCCCGUCCGGAUCUCGAUCCAGGUUCCUCCCAAACAGGAAGUGAAGGCUGGCUACGCCCCCCAGCAGAAGAGUGCAGCUGUCAAUCAUCCACAGGUGAAGCUGUCAGCCAAUGGCACCGUGAGCAGCGCUCAGGUGAUCCACAUCCAGCCUGUGGUUGGUCAGCAUGGUCAGCAGUUCUUUCUGCAGCAGGGCCCGGGCGACGCCCCCAUCCAGCUGCUGCUGCAGAGCCCCGCCCCCGUUGUCGGAUCUCUGCUCCCAUUGGUCCACAAGGUCGCAGGUCAGCCCGCAUCAGCAGGUGUUGUCUCCAGUCUGCCUCAGAAACCUGCCAUGUCUCCCAUCAGAGUCCAGACUCCUGCCACUGUGAAGAUCCCACCCCCCUCCAAGGCCACGCCCACCGCUGCUACCAAAACCAUUAGCGUCUCACUAACGAAGAGUGCCUCGAACUGCACAGCAUCAGCCACCAAGAAGACUUCCCUCAAACCGCCAGCGGUUGUCACAGCGGUCUCAGCACAGGCCGCCACGCCAGCUGCCCGACCCGCCACCAUAGACCCACCCCCGGCGACCACGCCCCCAGUAAUGAAGGACAGAGACCGGGAGAAAGAGAAGGACAGGAAGUUAAAGAAGAGAGAGAAGAAGGCGCCGAAGGUCCAGACCAGAUCGGGUCGAGUGUCCCGACCGCCAAAGUACAAAGCCAAAGACUACAAGUUCAUCAAGACCGAGGACCUCGCCGACAGCCACCAGUCCGACUCCGACGACUACUCCGACAUGAGCGUGGAGGAGGAGGACGGUGGAAGGAAGGACGGACCCACCGCAGGCUCCUCCCCCUCACUCACCUACAGCCACAAGUCCCGGUCCCACCGCUGCCAGACCUGCGACAAGGCCUACAUCGGACCCGGAGGCCUGAACCGGCACUACAAACUGAACCCGACCCACGGAGAGCCCGAUCUGCCCAACAGCACGCCAUGCCCCCUCAGAGGUGACAGCCAAUCACAGGAGACACCAGCAGGAGGCGUCAGAGAGGAGGAAGAGGAGGAGGAGGAGGAGAAGAAGAAGAAGGAGGAGGAGGAGGACAAACCUGCUGCCACGGCAACAAACAGAGUGGAGGCGGGCCCAGCGGCAGCUGUCGGACUCAGAGGUCUCCAUUACCGCGGCCCGGGCCGGCCACGAGGGCGUGGAAGGGGACGGGGGCGGGGACGAGGACGGGGACGAUCACUUGGGCCGCCCCCUAAGGUGACGGUUGGUCUCAUCAGCAGGCGGGGCCGUCGGGGGCGACCUCCGAAACUCACCGUCACCACGGUAACCACAGAGCAGCAGGCUGAAAGGAGGCGAGACCGACUGCAGGAGCUGGUGGAGCAGUGCGAGGACGAGGAGCUGAUGGACGUCGUUCUUCCUCGUUUGACAAAGAUGUUGAGUCUGUGGGAGCUACUGCUGGCAAAGGUGGAGCGUGGCGGUCCGACUCGGACUCGGUUUCCAGACAUAUACCGUGAGUUCGAGUCCCUGCAGGCUCAGGUGAGACAGGCUGCUCAGGAUUACAUCAUCAGCCCACAGGUGGGAGUGGCGCCAUUGGAGGUCAGGAACAUUGAGGUUGCGAGGUCUCUGGGGAUCCUGGAUGAGGUGAACAGGAUGAAGGUGGUUCCUGGAGCGUCUCCCUGCUCCAGUCUGACCAAUAAGAACGUCCGAUACAUGGAGAAUUCGAAGAUGUUGCCACCUUCAAAGAGAUUCAAGAUGGAGAACAGCAUCCCAGUUCACCAGAACGGCGUUGAGACGCCCAGAACAGGUGAGACUCCUGUGACCUCUGUGACUUCCUCUCUGAAGCCCUGUAUGGUCUCUGUGUCUCCUCUGGUGGUUCAAGCUGGAUCCAAACUGCUGACCACCACGACUGAUUCUGUCUCCAGCUUGUCUGGCUCCACCUCUCCGAAGACGCCUCCCACCAAGGCUUCGCCUCCAACCACGCCUAUGGAGGAUACCCCAGGUGAGGACCAGGGGGAGGGGCCUCUGCAGAGUAUUGCCCAGGACCAGGUCCUGAGCACCGGUGACAUCACAGUCCAGAUGAAGGAGGUGGAGGAAGCUUUGGACUCAAGUUCUGAGAUUGCAACAGACUCUAGCACCGCCCAAAUACCCGAGUCCAGUUCAGGUCAGAACCAGACUUCCUCCAUGGACAUCUGUGAGUCAAAAGAGCUGCAGGAGGGUCAGGAGAUCUACAUCCAGACCGAGGGGUUGACAGUCCAGCUGGCAGAGCCCGGACUGGACCGUAUCGUCAUUGUUAACGGGCCUGACGGGACAACCAUGCACAUCCAGACCCCAGAGGGGGUUCCCCUGGAGGCGGUCCAGGCCCUGCUGGGCAUCGAGGCCUCUGACGGGGCCAAAGCUCCGCAGUGAAUCCUGAGACCUGGACCUGAUCCAGACUGUAUUUAUUUGGUGGUGUGAGCGUCCAGGUGCUGUGGGCAGAACCUGCAGCUGUCAGACUUACAGUCCAUACAGGUGGACAUUUUACACACACCUAGACCCGCUCACACACACCUAGACCCGCUCACGCACACCUGGACCCGCUCACGCACACCUGGACCCGCUCACGCACACCUGGAUCCACUCACACACACCUGGACUUGCUUACGCACACCUGGACCCGCUCACGCACACCUGGACCCGCUCACGCACACCUGGACUUGCUCACGCACACCUGGAUCCACUCACACACACCUGGACUUGCUUAUGCACACCUGGACUUGCUUACGCACACCUGGACUUGCUCACGCACACCUGGACUCCAAGCGUGAACAAUCUUGAAAAAAGUCUUUGUCUCGCUGGGGGCGGAGCAUAAACACACCUGUCAGUCUGUCCAAUCAGAGUCAGUAUGUUCUGUUCAGAAUGUAGCUGUCCCUGUAGCCCCCCCCUCAGGACAAACUGUACAUUACAGCUGUGACAGGUUUCAGGUGUUGGCGUGAGCUCAUGUUUCAGAUUAACACUUCUAAGGUCACACCUGCACCGUUCUGAACUUCCUGUUUUAAAAACAAACUUCCUGAGGUUCUCGUCUGUCGUCAACGUUCUGAUCAGUUUCCAGUUUUCGUCCUUUAUCAAAGACGCAACACCUGAUCCUGACCUCAAGUUGACCAAACAAAACUUAUUUAUGGUCUCAGUUUCUGAUUGGUUCGUUCACUUGUCAGCUGUGAUGAUGUCAGUGGUCUUCCUGCUGGUUUUAAACUGUAAAUUUGUAAAAUGUUUUUUGUUUCCAUCCUCGUUAGUCUGUUUAUAUGUAGAUAAAUCUGAAAAGCAAAGUUUAAAAAAAAGUUGCACUAUUUUAUUACUUUUUAUAAAACUUCACAGAAACGUUUUCCAAACGUAAACUGAACGUUUGUACUCGUUUGGAGAGCCGAUGUGAGGACUGACUGGAGGAGAUUAAACUUUAUUGAUUUGUCAUGUU